AUGGCAGUCGAGCGGGAGGAGCGUGUUUUGGGGGGAGUCGACGGCGGAGUAAUAUGGGUAAUAUGGGCUGAAGGAGAACCGUGGAAGGCUCCGCGUGAACCGGGAACGGGGACGAAGUUUAAGCAGCAGCAGCAACAGCAACAGCAACAGCAACAGCAACAAAACGCCCUUCCAAGCCUGGUAGAUCACCGACGCAUGGCGAUGGAAUGGGGAGGAGACGAGACGAUGAGGAGACAGGCCUUUGCUGAGCAGUGUGUUGUGUAUAAGAAGAGAGGGGAGGAGGAGAGGGAAAAGAAAGAAACAACGGAGAGAAACAAAAAGGGGAUCUGUGGACAGCAACACCCAUUGACUGACUAA